CAUUUGGAAAAUAGUACGAAACGUGACUAUUCGUACACAAUAUGUUUUCGAACUCAACGAGAAAUGAAGAGCUUCCUGGAAACUCCAACUCAGAGAGUUUUACUUCUAAACUUUCGCCAGCUGCUGAUAUCGUGGUUGGAUUGGUUAUAAUGUCAAUUGUGAUACUGUCAGUACUCGGCAAUGGAGUGGUGUUGGCAAUCUGUUUUCGCCGCAGAAGGAAGAUGGUUGGUUCAGAGCUGCUCUGUGUCAAUUUGGCAGUGGUUGACUUUCUUGGCUGUAUCUGCUUCUACCCGCUGUCAAUCUUGUCAUCUUUUAGCCACGUAUGGCUGGGAAGUCAUGCCACCUGUGUGUAUUAUGGCCUUGGCUGCUUCAUCUUUGGCCUGUGUGGCAUGUUCACCAUAGCUGCCAUAAGUGUCAUCCGUUACAUCAAGACUUUUUAUGCUACAUGGCUAGAAGGAGCCAACAUCCAUCUGGUGUGUGUAGCUACAUGGAUAAUUGCUGCUGUUUGGUCAUCCUUCCCGCUGUUUGGCUGGGGCGAGUAUGUGCCUGAACCAUAUGGCAUCUCCUGCACUGUGGCCUGGCGUCGUUACCACACAUCCAUGACAGAUGCUGUUUAUGUGAUCUGCUCCUUCGCCUGCUUCGUGCUAAUUCCAGUCUUGCUUAUCGUGGUGUCACAGUGCAAAAUCUUGCUGAAGAUAUAUCAAUUUUCUCGCACCCUUUCCUCUAAGGGCAUCCACAUCAACCUCCGCCAUGCAGAGAAACACCUGUCUGUGGUGAGGCAUUCGAAAGGAAAAAAAGCUUGCAUUUGUUAAGGAGAAUUCAGUUUAUAGUAAAUUAUUAGCAUUCACAAGGUGGAACACUGAUGCAAAUAGCCGUAAUGGUAAAUUCAUUAAGAGAUAAAUGUGUUUUAAUUGAAAUAACAUAUAUAGGAACCCUUGGUAAAUUUGAGCUAUACAUUGUUUCUCCUUUUGUUCUUAAUCAUAUAACUUUUAAAAAACUAACCUCUCGCUGGGGCUCUGCCGUCUGCCCUUCGAAGGGAGUAUGGCAUACGGAGGCUUACAAUCAAUAAGCCUGUCCCAGCCGGGUUUGUCACUUAUGGGGUCACCUGGAAACAUUUUCAUUGUGGUCUGUACUAUUUGCAGCACGUUUCUGUAUUUGGUUGUGUUGUGAACUUUUGCUGCGCGUUUCUGUACUUGGUUGUGUUGUGAGUAUUUGGAGUAUUCACGUGUUGUGAAACUGAUGAACAUAAUUUGCGGGUGUUUUUUUUUUAAUUAUUUGCAUGUGUUUUUUUUUCAUGUGUUGAGCUUUCUCAGCCAUCAUAGGUAUCAGUGCAGUCAGACCAAUAAUGUUGUUAAAUAUUAAGUGUCCCCAACUAAGCAAGCCAAAAGCAAACCCAAACUCCAUCAGGUGACAGAAUGGACAGAGUAUGAUUAUGAUCAUACAAGUCAGAUUGGAUCGGAACAUACUAAAUAUUUAUCCAGGUCCACCUGGUUUCGAUAUUCUGUCCUGAA